AGCCAGUCGGGAUGCCGAGGCAGUAGCGGCCGCUCAGACCCACUCGGUCUGUGAGCUCAUCACAUCACUGAGGUUUGCGUGACGCUGCUGUAUCUGAGUGGCACGCUCUUAGAUGAUGAUGACGAAUAUGACUACGAACCUCGACACGCCGCUAGACCAGCAGGACUGGACAGUAGCCAUGGCGACGAACUUCACCAUGCCACUGGAUGAGCAGAUAGGCUGGUUUCCUACUGAAAUGAUAUGGGUGCGCUCAGUCCUAAUCGCCUUCUUCAUGGCUGUGGGUCUGGCAGGAAAUUUCCUGACAUUGGUAGCCAUCAAACGCACUCCCAGUCUGCAUAAUGCCACCACCGCAUUCAUCGCCAGCCUGGGUGUAGCAGAUCUGAUGUUCUGUGCGCUGGUCAUGCCACCGGAGAUUGUCCUGUUCUCCGAGAACACGUGGCUGAAUGGCAACAGCAUUCUCUGCGUCCUGCAGACUUUUCUUGAAUAUCUGUCGGUGGCGGGUUCGCUGUUCUCCAUCAGCCUGAUAUCGUUGAACAGGUUUGUGUUGAUCAUCUGUCCUCCUGGCGUCUACCAACGGCUGUACCAGAGACGGUGGGUAGCGGCGCAGAUCGCUGGCGUCUGGAGCUUCAGUCUCGGCAUGCUGACCCCCACCCUGGCCGGCGCCUGGGGCCGGUUCGGCUACCAGCCGCGGCUGAGGUCGUGCGCCAUCCUGCCGGUGAAUGGACGCUCUCCCAACGUCGCGCUCUUCAUCAUCGCCUUUCUGGUGACGUGCGCCGUCAUCUCGGUCUGCUACCUGGCCAUCCUGAUCGCCGUGUUGAGGUCGAACAGGCGGCAGCGGCAGCACUUAGCACCGCAAAAGGGCGAGGUCAGGAGCCAACGCACCCUGCGCCAGCGGCGCCACGAGGUGCGCGUCACCAGAAUGUCCCUGGCCGUCUUCAUGGCCUUCAUCGUGUGCUUCGCGCCGCUCACGGUUGCCAACAUCUGGGACGUCGGCUACGAUCACCCAGUGUUGCACGUGAUCGGCUACGUGGCAGUGUGCGUCUCGUGCUCCAUUAACCCCAUCAUCUACGUGACGCUGAGCAAGCAGUACCGGCGUGCCUACUGGUCAUUGUUCAGCUGUGGAAAGCCGCGACGCAGCUCAGAAACCUCGUCAAACGUGUUGCAGGCCCCGCAGGCACCCUGGUCACCGGCUUAAGUCACUAAUAAAGAAAGUAAACGGCCACGCCGUGGACUGAGGAUCCGCCAGCGCGGGACCGUGAGUCAGUGAACAGCUUCCACUCGGCACGACUGGCAAACGAAAUGACAGCGUAUUGUCGUCCCAGGGAGUGUCCGCAGAUAGUCCAGAACAAGGCCCAGAAGUACCAUGCAGAAGACUGUUGCUCCCCGAACCUCUGCGUAGACUCAUUUGGACAGAUGAAACGAAAUGACAGCGUAUUGUCGUCCCAGGGAGUGUCCGCAGAUAGUCCAGAACAAGGCCCAGAAGUACCAUGCAGAAGACUGUUGCUCCCCGAACCGCUGCGUAGACUCAUUUGGACAGAUACUGCCCCUUAGCCCAGCAAUACAUUGAUGGGACUUACAAUAUGAGACAUACUUUGAUUAUCCUGUUUAUUUUGAGGUCAAUACGUGAUGACAUGUAUAUUGUAUACUGUAUAUUGCAAAUGUGUAUGGAAUAAACUUUGAAAUGUGGAAAGCUU